UAGUUAAUUUAUUGGAUAGAAUCUCUCUCUCUCUCUCUCAGUCUUGUUCUCUGAUCAUACUCAUACAAGAUGCCUAAUUCAGGUAUGUUGGAUCAUAGAGCCUACAAUGGACGAGUAGCAGUUCACUGGAUGAGCAGUUGGCCAAAGGCAACCGGAUACGAGACUCUGAGGUUCUCCAGGCACAUGCAGAGACAAGUAUUAACUAUCAAGAAAGAAUAUAGUCUGUCAAAGAGACGCCCCCAUACAGCUAUUGAGCACACUCCUGGUUCCAAUUCAAUGAGUCCCUUCUACACGGUUAGGCUCAAACCAACCUGCGGCUAUCACUAUAAGCCUAACACUGACCACAGGCGAUUCAAGAUUGGAUUACAUCCCUCAGACCUGGUCUCCUGGAGGUAUCGGUACUCUGGUAGACCCAGAACUCAAAUUGCAACAUAAGAAACCUUUUAAUACACACACGCACUGACAGAUAGUAUAGGAUUAAUGGACUACGGACCCUAUGUAGGAAAUGACACUUAUGCCACAGAUAGCUGUUAUUAAUAUUUGAAACCAUUUAUCACUUACUUUAGUUAAUUAUUGUUUAUUGUUUACCUUUUUAAUGAUGCUAUAUAUAGAUUAA